AUGAGGCGGCGUUCCCACUACACAUCGCUUGUCUACUCCUGUCUAUGCCUUGUCAUCUUUUAUCAUCUCAAGAAGCUCUCCAUUAGGGCCUGGUCCCAUCCACCAAUGUCGUCUUCUAAACAAACCAAAACCAGAAAAGGGAGAAGCUCGGAUGCAGCUGCAUAUCCCAAGACAAUUUACCUCAUUCGCCAUGGCCAUAGUCAGGGGCAAGCCGCCAAGCAGAAUGGUCUCGAUCGCAAGCGAGAUCCCCAGCUCGUGGACUGCGGAUUGACAAAUAAGGGCAUCCAUCAAGCCCAUGAGAUUCCUUCAAUACUGCAGAGAUUGAACGGUCGGCAACAACUGCCGAAAAUUGAUUUGGUGAUAUCUUCUCCUCUUACCCGAGCAAUGGAAACAGCUGUUCUGGCAUUUCAAAAAUUCACACCUCAACCACCUCCCUUCUUGAUUCAUUAUGGACUGCGAGAAUUGGGGUCUUCCAUCCCCGAAAAUCAUGCCCGUGGGAAUAUUGAGCAUACCUUAGCAUACAUCCAAGAAAAGCAUGGCUUGGUGGAGGGGUUGAGGAUCGAUAGUGAAACCUUAAAGCCACCGGGUUGGCCAGCAGAGGAUGGACACGACCAACAUCUGUCAAGAACAGAGCGCAUCCCACAAAUCUUUCAAUGGAUUGCCACGCAUCGAUCGGAACAAUCCAUUGCAGUAGUGUGCCACUACAAUGUUAUCCGAUCAGCACUGCAGAAUGGCGGACCUAAACCCAAAAAUGCGCUUCCUAUACCUUGCCUUCUUUACCCAGAUGGAAGAAUAGAGCCAUACAGAUGA